GAAUCACUGAUAAAAAGAAACCGUGGACAGUGGACAUCAUAUAUAUCAUUAUAUAAUAGAGAGGUCCCGAUCAAUUGACACAGAUCACAACCACAGGACAUUCAAUACUUUUAAUUGACAACCACACACAUCGCAGUAACAACUAUACAGUAUGAUGGGAGCUGCUGAUUCCGAAAUCUUUCAAGGGUGCGAUGACGAGCAGGUGAGGCUCAUGGCUGAGAUGUGCAUAGAGAUUGACACAGACGACAACGCAAUAGGUUCCGUCAGCAAGAAAGAAGCUCACCUCAUGCCAAACAUCAACAAGGGCCUCCUACACAGAGCAUUCAGCGUUUUCUUGUUCAACACGGAAGGCAAACUUCUCCUACAACAACGUGCCACUGAGAAGAUCACAUUCCCUGACUGUUGGACUAACACGUGUUGCAGUCACCCGCUCAGUCGGCCCGAGGAGAUACUGACCAAGGAUCAGAUGGGCGCCAAGAACGCCGCUGUGCGAAAGUUAGACCACGAGCUGGGUAUCACUGGAGUGACUACAGACCAGCUCGAAUUCCUGACCCGAAUCCAGUACAUGGCCCCCUCGGAUGGCAUGUGGGGUGAGCACGAGAUCGACUACAUUCUGUUCGCACAGUGCGAUGUAGAGGUGCACGCCAACGAGAACGAGGUUCGCGCGUACAAAUACGUAACGCAGGAUGAGCUCAAAGACCUAUUCAGACAAUCGGAAACUGACGAGAGUGUUAAAAUCACCCCAUGGUUUAAACUCAUUUGCGAGACCUUGCUGUAUAAGUGGUGGGACAACCUUGCAUGCUUGCAGAAAGUGAAGGAUGUAGAGACCAUCCACAGGUUCUAAACUAAACAUUUCCAAAUAAAAUAUAAGUGCAAUUA